AUGGCGACUGCACACCACGCUGCGGGCGCGACGCCCAGCAAGCUCGACAUCUCCGUGCGACUGUCGUAUGUGAGCGGCGCCGCGCAGAGCCCCAAGGACCCCGCAGACGCCUACACCGGUGUCAAGACGCCCGAUGUGACCGACAUUGAGGGCGGCGCCCUGCGUGAAGGCGGCAUGCCCGUGCUGACGAGCCGAGACAACAUCGGCCUGCUCUGCCAGUACGCUGCCGUCGGCAUGGUGUACGGCAUGCUGCCGGCCACCAUCUACCCGUUCCUGCAGAACUACCUCAACUGCAGUGGCGCGCAGGUGACGACUGCGUCGACGCUGGUCGUGUUCCCGUGGAGCUUCAAGUGCUUCUACGGUAUCAUCUCGGACUGCUUCCCGAUCUUCGGCUACCGUCGUCGCCCGUACAUGCUUAUCGGCUGGGGCGUCUGCUUGAUCAUGCUCGUGGUCAUGGCCUGCAUGCCCGCCGGCAAGCCGUACUUCACCGUACCGUCCGAUAAGGACAUCUCCCCCGCAGACUACACGCCCGAGAUCGAGGCCCGCAUCAACUACGACGCGUCGUCCCAAGGCGCCAAGUACGUCAUCCUCAUGUUCUUAGCUGCUUUCGGCUACGUUAUGGCCGACGUGUGCGCCGACAGUAUCGUGGUGGACCUGGCCCAGCGCGAACCCCUGGACAAGCGCGGCAAGACGCAGUCGGCUAUCUACACGGUGCGCACGCUGUUCGUCAUCAUCGGCGAGAUCAUCACCGGCUUCGCCUUCAACGGCGAGGAGUACGGCGGCACCUUCGACUUCUCGCUCACGUUCCCGCAGCUUAUGAUCAUCUUGGCCGUCUGCACGGUGCUCGUGAUCCCGGCGACGUGGUUCCUCAUCAAGGAGGAGAAGAAGCCCAAGGCCGACUUGAAGGAGUACUUGAAGACGUUGUGGGACUUGAUCUGCACGCGCGCCAUGUACCAGGUCAUCGCGUACAACUUCUUCUCCAACAUCUUCUCGGGCAUCUCGUACACGGCCAGCUCGCCCGUGCAGUCGUACAUGGUGGGCGUGACCCCCAUCAACAGCACCAUCAGCGACAUCCUGGGCAACCUGCUCUUCAUGUUCGGCAUCAUGAUCACGUCCAAGUGGGGGCUGCACUGGAGCUGGCGUGGCAUGAUCGUCUUCACGGGCUGCUUCGUCAUGCUCAUCGACGGCGUCUGCACCUUCAUCACGAUCUGGGACGUCUUCCGCAGCCAGUGGUUCUGGCUGGGUCUGCCGAUCGCCGUGCAGGUCCCCUACGGUGUGGGCUGGAUGAUCUCCAACUUCGUCAUAGUCGAGCUCUCGGGUAUCGGCAACGAGGGCGCCGUCUACGGCCUCAUCACCGCCACGCACAACGUGGCUUCUCCGUUCGCCACGACCCUGACGCUGCUGAUUGACCGGCCGUUCAACCUCACCACGGAGCGCAUCCAGAUUGACGACAAGUCCAUCCGAACCGACAUCACGUACUCGGUCAUCAUCAUGUACGCCAUGACGAUCUUCUCGUGGGUCUUCCUGGUGCUGCUGCCCAAGCAGAAGGAGGCGACGCAGGAGCUCGUCCGCAAGGGCGGGUCCAGCAAGAUCAUCGGCGGCAUCACGCUGUUCUACCUCAUGUUCGCGCUCAUCUGGUCCGUCACGACCAACAUCCUGGCCAUCUUCGACAGCACCUCGUGCCUCGUGAUCGCCGGCGGCAACGGAUGUUAA